UCGAGCGCUAGAGCAGAAGUGAGCGCGCGAGCACUGCGGAGCGACGCGCGCAACACUACAUUCCUCGUCGGACAGCGGGCAUCAUUUAUUGAUUAAGACAACAGUGAGCGGAUGUUUGAAGCCGUUAGGAAGCGAUUUUUUUUGUGUAGCCUUCAGAAAAAUACUCGAGGGAAGCUGAGAAAAUUUCCAACGGAUGCUCGUUUACAUACAGACGCCUGAAGCACUGCGUACCACUUUAUAUGGUGAUGUCUCAGUAGAGCUCCAGUUUCCUUCAGCUCCCUCUGGUAAGAGAGCCCAGUCCUUCAACUGUACCUCCACUGCUUGAUCCAAAAUGGCUGCCACCAAAAGCGGUUACGAGGGCAAGAUAGCUGGCCUAUAUGACCUAGACCGCACACUGGGCAAAGGCCAUUUCGCCGUGGUCAAACUAGCCCGUCAUGUAUUCACAGGCCAAUUAGUAGCAGUCAAAGUGAUCGACAAGACAAAGCUUGAUGACUUGGCGACUGGCCACUUGCUUCAAGAAGUCCGCUGCAUGAAACUCGUCCAGCACCCCAAUGUAGUGCGACUCUAUGAGGUCAUCGAUACGCAGACCAAGCUGUACCUCAUCCUAGAGCUGGGCGACGGAGGUGACAUGUACGAUUACAUCUUGCGUCAUGAAGGAGGGGUGGCCGAAGACACGGCGAAAGUGCACUUUGCGCAGAUCGUACGAGCAAUAGCCUACUGCCAUCGUCUGCACGUUGUCCACAGAGAUUUGAAGCCAGAGAAUGUGGUGUUCUUCAGGCAGCAGGGGACAGUGAAGCUGACAGAUUUCGGCUUCAGUAACCACUUUCAGCCUGGGACAAUGUUGAUGACCAGCUGUGGUUCACUGGCAUACUCUGCCCCAGAAAUACUGUUAGGUGAAGAGUAUGAUGCUCCAGCAGUGGAUAUCUGGUCACUGGGUGUGAUCCUCUAUAUGCUAGUGUGUGGACACCCACCCUUUCAAGAGGCCAAUGACAGCGAGACCCUCAUCAUGAUCAUGGACUGUCGCUACACUGUGCCAAACCACAUCUCUCCAGAAUGCAAAGAUUUGAUUUCACAUAUGCUGCAGAGGGAUCCUGUUAAACGGGCGUCUCUCACAGAGAUAGAGAGUCACCCUUGGUUGCAGGGUGUUGACCCUUCGCCUUCUGGGUACACAGCCGCCCCGCUUACCUCCCACCGCAGCUUGUUACCUGAGGAGCACGAGUUCAUACUGCAAGCCAUGACCAGUGGCAGCAUUGCUGACCGAGAUGCCAUCCAGGAAGCACUGGAGGCUGACAGAUAUAACCACAUCACAGCUACGUACUACUUGCUGGGAGAACGACUCCUUCGAGAAAAGCAAGAGCAGCCAAGUCUCUCUCCUGAACAAAGACAUACACUGAGACCCAUGUCAGAACCACUGGACUUGGUGAGCCAAGUGCCCCGGACUGAUACACUAAGAGGAACACCUCUAGGUCCCUUAGCGCCUCUCGGUUCCUUGUCUUCCGGCUAUGUCCGACGUGGUGUGAGUGAGUCUGGGGACUUGCUUGCUCCCAAACCCAACCAUCAUGACAACUCCUUCAGUGACUUUUGCAGCACGGCUCCAUGCUUGAGCCUCAGUCUGCGCCCUCUACCUCCGGACCAACCUACUGUCAAGAGCCUUGGAGCCUUACAGCAGAUCUGCGAGGAAGAAGAGGAUGAGGAUGAUGAAAAUGAGCAGAACAGGGAUGAGGCGAAGCUUGAGGUGGCACCAGAUAAAUUGGAUCCUCUUCCUUCAACAGAUCUCCCGUUAAAACCUUCUAGAACUUCUUUGCAAUCAGAGACUCAGAAGAGAACAGGGAGGCCGUCUUGUAAAGUGAUGAGAAACUGUGAAACUCUGGCUGAGGAGGAGGAACUUGAGGAAGGGUCGGAAAUCAUAGAAGAGCAGAAGCCUUUGGAUUCAGUGUCUAACAUCACUGCUGGCACAAUGGAACAUCAAGUACAGAUGUCCCCAAACACUGAAGCCCAUGUGGAAGAGUUAAACCACACAGAGCAACCAGGUAGAGGAAAGGACAAGGGUGUUUUCACCCACCCUAGCUUGUCUUUAGUUGUGCAAGAAGAAGAACAGAUUCAAGGUCCAAAUAUAAAUGGACCUCCACCACCUCCCAGACUGGAUGUUGUACAGUGCUGCUGGGGACACCGUGAACCUUCAAAGGACACUCUAGAAAACAACAAUAACACCCUAGCCAAAUCUCGACUGCUUGAAGUUGGGGUAGUGUCAACCGCUUGUGAUUCCCCAAGGUCCCUGCCAAGGAACCACUGUGUGGACCUGGGUCCUGAUGGGGUGGAGAUGCGUAAGACUGCGGGUGAAGUUGAAAAACCUGAGGAGGUACAACCUAAACCUCAGAAAGGCCUCCAGGGAACCAGGGACACAAAUAUUGACCCUGCUAUCAGGGCUGAUCCCAGCAAGGUUAAGAACGUAAACUUGCGAGAAUGUCUGCUGCAGUUCCCGCUCUGUGAGAAAGCCUUGUCCUUCAACAUUCAGCCCACCUCUAAAGAGAAGCUUCUCCCAUUUGCACAGUACAACUGCUGCCAUGUGUUGUAGAGGUUGUAAUCCGAGAUCAAGGAACAAACUGAUAUCAACAGAAACCCUCCAACCAGACAAUAAAAGAAAAAGUGUGUUCUCACCUCAUACUGUAACCUCAG